AUGUUCUACCUUUAUGGUAAAGACUUCGUUUACUUCAGUUUGGGUAUCAAACUCUAUGAAUAUAUGAACCAUCCAGCUCAUUUCCCUGUUCUUUAUCAAAACUACGAAUUGCUACGGAAGUAUCAGGCGAAACUUAACGAGUUGGAUCCGGUGCAAAGAUCUCCUCUACAUUUAGCUUGCUUCUACGGAACGAAACCUCCAAAACUGAAGAUUGCGGAAGAAGAAAUAGCGUUCAAAUUCAACAACAAAGAACUGAUACAAGAAGAUACACACACCAAGCGGGUGAUGGAUUUUUUGAUGUCGAAUAUGAUUGCUGAUCCCUAUCAAACUGACAAACUAUUUGGGUGGACGCUGUACGAUUGUGCUUUUAGUAUACUGAAUCUCUACGUUAUACAGAAGCUUCUGAAGCAAUUGUCACAGACAUGUGCAAUAGUUUUAGAGAAAUUUAAAAACUUGAAAGAGGAUUUUUUCACAGUGGUCUACUAUUCCCUCAAAUUCGGAUACAAUGAUUUGUUCAGACUUAUGUCUGAAAUACCUUAUUUCAAAAAAGCACUCUCAAUGGAAAACUGUAACGGAGAGAGCUUGCUUUAUUUGGCUGUCAAAUGUGGCAAUCACGACAAUGUCGAGGAGUUAUUAGAUAAUGGUGCUAAAGCUAACACUAUUGUAAGCACGUAUAAUAAAAGAAGUGUGUUACAUUUUGCUGUUGAAAAUGGUCACAACGAAGUUGUUAGGCUACUUUUAGAUAGAGGUGCAUUUCCUGAUAUAAUGGAUAGAUACAGAAGCACUCCUUUACACAUAGAUUCCAGUAAAGUCAUAUAUCAAUCAGCUCAGCUUCUUCUGAAUUAUGGUUCAGACUUGUUGCUUGACCACGGUGCUUCAGUUGACAAGUGUGAUAAGUUUGGUAAAAGUCCGCUCAGUUGUGGUCAAGACAAGAAUCAUCACAAUAUAACGAGCGUACUACUAAGAGAAGGUGCGACCACUCCGACUACAUUAAACAGGAGACUUUCAGCGAUUGAGUAUGAUGAGUAUACUUCUUAUCAGUUACAUUGGGCUGCUUAUACAGGACAAGCUGAAAGAAUAGAACCUUUGUUGCAAGAUGGUUGGACUAUCAACUACGUUGACCAUUUUGGGCGCACUCUAAUUUAUAGGGCGGUUACAGAAAAACAUUUCAGAAUUGUGGAAAUGUUUAUUGAUAUAGAAGCUGAUGUUGAUAUUCCUGAUAAUAAUAAAGUCGUGCCUUCAUGUAUAGCAAUCAGCAAUGGUGAUCGUAGAAUUACAAGUUUGUUACUAAAAAGUGAUACCUCUGGAAAUGUGAGAGAUAAUUUCGGAUAUACGCCCUUACAUUGGGCUGCGAUGUUUGGUAAUGUUGAAAUUAUCAAACUCUUGUUAGGCAAGACUCCAGAUGUCGACGCUGUUGACAACUUUGAAUCCAAACUAUCAGAAGUAGCAAAAGAGAGGUUGUCAUUUUUACAACACUAUGGGAAUAUCGUAAAUGAAGUCAAUGGUAAAUCAAAACUAACACCGUUUGAAGAGGCCAUCGACUCAGGAAACUACAUCUUGGUGAAGAAAUUUCUAAACCAAAUAGACGAUCUAAAUAAAAUCAAUGACCAUGGUCACAGCAUUCUGCAUAGAGCUGUAAUAAAAAGACAUAGAUUAACAGUUGAGUUUCUUUUGGAAAAGGGUGUCAAACUGGAUACUCUAGACAAGUGUAAUAGUUCAGUUUUGCACUGGGCUGCGAUGAUCGGUGACGCUGGAAUCGUUCAAUUAUUGAGAAAAUGGAAUGUCGAAGUUAAUGUUAUCGAUAAUUUUGGAUAUAGUCCUUUAACAGUAGCAGCGAUGAGCGGCCAUCUUGAAGUACUUUCGCUACUACUAAAAGAAGGUGGUGAGGCUAACGUUGUAGACAAAUGUGGAAACUCUCCUUUAGACUGGGCAUGUAAGAAAGGUUAUAUACAGUGUGUAGAGGUUCUUUUAGAAAAUGGCGCUGUUGCUAAAAGUUUACAAGAGGAAGAUCUCUUGGAUUUGGCAAAAGAACAGCGGACAUUUUUGAAAAGAGCAGCACUGUAUUGA